CUGUCCCCCUCCUCGUUCUUCAGCCGAGGUCCAAUCUUUGGCUCCGAAUGUGUUGCCGGGUGCCAGCUGGGCUCCCUGCUGCCCCCUGGUGGAGCUAGAAGCAAUAACACCGGCGGAUUCGCCAAUGACGGGCCCCCCCCACAGAGCAUUCUUAGGGGGCUUUGGCUCCACCACGGUCCCUGUGGAGGCUGCCCUGCUCCUAGGCUGGCCAUCCUGGCCACUGAACGCCUCCAUCAGCCUGAAUCAGAGCCUCCUCCUGGGGGCAGACACGACCUCCAACUUCUCGGCGGCCCACGCAGCCGCCCCGAAUAUUGAGCAAGAAAAGAACUGGCCAGCAUUACUGAUCCUGGUCAUCAUUUUCCUCACGGUGGGUGGAAACAUCCUGGUGAUCUUGGCGGUGUCGCUAGAGAAGAGGCUGCAGAAUGCAACCAACUUCUUCCUGCGCUCACUGGCUGUGGCAGACAUGCUGGUGGGCAUCCUGGUGAUGCCCGUCUCCCUCAUCAACAUCCUGUAUGACUACGUGUGGCCCCUGCCAAGCGCUCUGUGCCCCAUAUGGAUCUAUCUGGACGUGCUCUUCUCCACGGCCUCCAUCAUGCACCUGUGUGCCAUCUCGCUGGAUCGCUACGUGGCCAUCCGACACCCAAUCCAACACAGUCGCUUCAAUUCCCGCACCAAGGCCAAGCUGAAGAUUGCUGCCGUCUGGACUAUCUCCAUAGGGAUCUCCAUGCCCAUCCCUGUGAUUGGCCUCCACAACGAGGACCAUGUGUUCGUGAACGGCAGCUGCGAGCUGAACGAGGAACGCUUCAUGCUGGUCGGCUCCUUCGUGGCCUUCUUCAUCCCGCUCGUCAUCAUGGUGGUCACCUACUGCCUGACCGUCACAGUCCUGCAGCGACAGGCAUCGGUCUUCCUGCACGAAAGCAAUACCCUUACUUCUCAAGCCACGCCCACCCAAGCCCCUCCCACCCGGCGCACUAGCCUCCUCUGUCUGAAAGGGGACCCCGCUCGUGGAACCACCCCUCCAGACAGUAUCUCCAUCUUGCCCAGCUCGGGGGCGGCUUCACAAAUGAGCUCCCCGGCAGGGCGGGACUCCGGCUCUUUCGGGAGGAGGGGCAUGAUGCAGGCCAUCAAGAACGAGAGGCGGGCCUCCAAGGUGCUGGGUGUGGUCUUCUUCCUCUUCUUGGUCAUGUGGUGCCCGUUCUUCAUCACCAACGUGAUGUUUGUGCUGUGCCGUGAAACUUGCAACAUCUCGCUCCUCACGGAGCUCCUCAAAGUCUUCGUCUGGGUGGGUUAUAUUUCCUCGGGGGUCAACCCCCUUGUCUACACCCUCUUCAACAAGACCUACCGCCGUGCAUUCUCCAACUAUAUGCGCUGCCGCUAUGGGGAAGCUGGGUUCAAGCCCCUCCCCGCCCACCUCCCUUGCUCAUCCCAGGCACUGACACCUGCCCUGCUUUGCGGGAAGGGGGGUGUCGACCGCAACAGCAACUGCCGCAAUGGGAACCCAGUGGGAACGGCAGGACUUGACCUUGCGGACGAGGCAGUGGAAAUGCGGUCAGGGAUUUUAAAUCCAUCCAUAGACAGCUGCCACUCCCCCAAGGAACACACAAGCUGUGUUUGAUUGGCCCGCCUUCACAUCCGCUCCCCGCGAUUGGCCAAGACAGAGUGGCCACGCCCACUGGCGUGUGUUUGGAACAUGUGGGCAACAGCGAGAGGUGUCAUGAGAAUUUUCGUCUUUCUCCUGGGAGAAUGAGGACACGUGUAUAUUUUCUCUCACACUUGCUCUCCAAUGCUUCCUCAAAGAAGAGA